UAAUCAAUUGCCAUGGCCAGGGGAUGGCGUAUACAUUUAGUACAAUCAAACCCUCACCACACCUGACUUGGACGCAAUGUUUUGAUGGCUUCACAUGCGCCAAAUUGCAAGUACCUCUCGAUUACUCAAACAAAAGCAUCGGUACCACGUCCAUCGCCUUCAUAAGAUGGGCAGGGAAAAAUGCUACAGAGAAUUCACAAAGCAUCAUGGCCAUCCCGGGCGGCCCGGGUGGCUCAGGAAUUGAAGUUCUCUUGGGGCUCCGCGAUACUAUAGGACAAAUGUACGGAGAGCAGUACAACUUUGUUUCCUUCGAUCCUCGCGGUGUCAACAACAGCGGUCCCAGCCUUGACUGCUUUUCAGGUGACACUGAAGCAAGAGCUACAUUCAAACAGCUACACUACACCGGCACGACCAACGCGUCCACAUCGUCACUCCGAGAACAGUACUAUUCCAGCUCCAUCUACGGUCAGCGGUGCAACGAAGCUGUUGGAAAUAACACCCCGUAUGGGUAUUACGUGACCACCCCGGCUGUCGCUCGUGAUCUGCUCACAUUUGUUGAGGCCGAGGCUGAACUGGCCGGCAAGUCACCACAAGAUGCGAAGCUGUGGUGCUAUGCUGGCAGUUAUGGCACCAUCACUGGCACGACCUUUGCUACCAUGUUUCCGGAUCGAAUCGGAAGAAUGAUACUAGAUGGCGUCAUGGAUCCUGAGCAGUACUAUGACAACAACUGGUUGGACACGCUCGACCAAGCGGACGAAACCAUGGAAAGGUUUUCCACCCUUUGCCACGCUGCAGGUCCGGACGCUUGUUCGUUCUGGGGGCCGACCCCAGACGACAUCACCGCCAGGAUGGACGCCCUCAUCCAUCAGCUCCAGAACCAUCCUGUCCCGAUAAGCCGAGCCGAGGGCACUGGUCUUCCGUCAAUGGUCACCUACUCUGACCUGAAGGCCCUGCUCCUCCAAACUAUUUACAACCCAUUGCAGUCGUUUCCUAUCCUAGCGAAUAUUCUGCACCAAGUCGAGCGAGGUAAUGUUUCUGCUCUUGUGGGCAUGUUUGACAGCUCAAUCGGUCUUGCGGCCGAUGCUGGUCGUGUGAUCAGAUGUGCCGACUCUCAUCGCCGGAACCGACUUAACACAAUCGAAGCGUUCGAGGAUUACACCGAGCAUUUGGUUUCGCAAAGCAAGUACGCCGGCGAUAUGUUUGCCAUUUAUGUGGAUACAAUUCUAUGCACAUCGAUGCAGCCUCGGUUGCCUGAUAGCAUGGUAGUCCAAGGUCCAAUAAAACUGGAUAGACCUACGUCUUUCCCCAUCUUAUUUACAAGCAACGUCAUCGACGCCUUGACACCCUUGAAAUUCGCCCGCGAAGUCUCCUCUCGAUUUCCAGGAUCGGUGCUUCUGCUGCAAGAAGCCAUUGGCCAUACGGUCCUUGAGCAAGGCGGCUCAAACUGUUAUUUUGGCCAUAUCCAGGCUUACCUCCAAGGUGUAGUUCCGCCGACCAACAUUACAUGCCCGCAGCAAUAUUUUCCCUUUAUAGACGGCGCUGUCUGAGACUUUCUGCACAGCAAGGCGGAGCAUAGUGUGAAACGUUGCUUGAGGGGAGAGCCCCAGUUCGAUGCAUGGGUACGCAGUCUUGCACCCCUUAUGGUUAACAGACCAAUAUAAAAACAACUUCUCUCUUUCUAUUGCUUGGUCGAUUGAAAAUAUCGCAUUGGUGGCUCAUAAUUCCUACAAGGAAAGUCGGCGAUUUUAUCGCAUAUAAUACCAUUAACGCCAGCUCUUCAACAAAAAUGAGCUUAUUUACUAGGGCGAAAUACAUUUCCUGGGGGCUAUUGAGCAAUAAUAAUGCUUUACCGAACGCCAAUUUUAUCGACAAAUUUUACACGACCUACGGGCAGGUCGGCCAUUAGAAAGUCCAC